CCGCGCCUGCGCAGUGCGGCGCGGCGCGGCGUGCGGCCGCCAUGUCGCCGCGGAGCGGGCGGCGCACCGGCGCGCACCGGGCGCACUCGCUGGCCCGGCAGCUCAAGACGAAGCGGCGCCGGCGCGACCUGGACGAGAUCCACGCGGACCUGAAGCCCGAGAACGCCGCGCGGCUGCUGCGGCAGGAGAUCGACCCCGACCUGCCGGGCUGCGCCCAGUUCUACUGCCUGCACUGCGCGCGUUACUUCAUGGACCUGACCAGCAUGAAGGAGCACUUCAGAUCCAAGGUGCACAAGAAGAGGCUGAAGCAGCUGCGGGAGGCUCCCUACUCGCAGGAGGAGGCCGAGCGUGCCGCUGGCAUGGGCUCCUACGUGGCCCCGCAGAAGGUGGAGGUGCACACCCAGCCCCUGGAGGAGGCCACCGAGAUGGAGACGUCGGGCUGAGCGCGGGGACAGGCCACUGAGGGGCUCUCUGAGCACGUCUUUGUCCGCUGCUCUGUGAGAUAAACGUGUCCCAGACUGGCAGCCAGAUCCACGCUGCUCCCACAGCCCCCUGGCCGGGGCAGUGACGAGGAGAAGGAGCCAGCAAGACCCUGGGUGCCCUCCCCGAGGGUCCCCCUCCUCCAGGAAGGGACACGCUGCUUGUUCUCCCUGCUGCUGGGGCUGCACGCCUGUCUGCCUGCUUUUGGAGCAGUUUCUGCUCUGUCCUUGGCUCACGGGUUAUCCCAGUGAUUGAAAUUAAAAUAUACAAACUA